GCUUGAACUCGCCCCGUACCGAAUCGCUUGCCCCCAACACAGCCAGGCUGACGAAGCCUGCAGCGGAUCAAUAAAGCUGGGGGGGAGGAGGUUGGGUUGGGAGAGAGUGGAGGAAAUGGAGGAAUGGAGGAGGAUGUACGGAGCACAGGAAGUGAGAAGAGUGAGCUGAGAUAAGAGGUGGCCGGGCUCUUGUCAAGGUUCUUGUACAAUUUAUGAUUCAGACAGCCUGCAGCUGCGGGAGUACGAAGUGUAGUUUAGUCACCGCUGUUGCGGGAGCUGGUGGAGUGUUGGGGAGCUGCUCCCCUCCGUUCUGCCUUGGGCCCAGUCGGUUGGCCAGGGGCCCAGGGGCUGCCAAUGGGGGGCCCAUCUGGGGGGGGGGGGUUCAACAUGGCUCUGCGUCCACGACUCCAGCAGCUGGAACCAAGACACCCAGGACAGGCUGGACACCCAAGACACCCAAGACACCCCAAGACACACCCAAGACUCUCUUUUCCACCAGCGGCCACUCGGCGGCGAAGCUUUUUUCGCGUGGGUGCUGUGAUUCCGAGCGAUCACCUGCAAGCCGUCGCAUCAAUUUCGAGAAAACCUAGUCUCUUCCUGGUCGAUCCAACCCAGAAGCGGGCGGGUGUGGCGGUGCCUGUUCUUGUUCCAGCCACACUCGUGACGAGGCAGCCAAUUGUAAGCAGGAGGCGAUCGGGGAUCAGCUCCUGGAAGCGGGAUGGGCUGGGAAGUGGGGGGCGUUUUUUUUUAGAUUGCGUGGCUGCAUCGGGUAUGGUUCAGGCUGAGGCUGGGAGAAAGAGCCGCCAGAGAGGAGCCAGGGCUGCCAUGCCCACGCGGGUGGUGAGGUGUGACCGUGUGCGACCAGGGAGGGCAGAUAAGACAGGCCGAUGAUCCGGAUCUGUCAAUAAAAUAAUAAUGAUAAUAAUAAUAAUACUUGACUGUAAGGAGAGUAACAAGAACAACACGACUAGUCCGAGACGAGAAACACGGUACAUG